AUGAGAAACCACACAGUAGUAACAACUUUCAUCCUGCUGGGGCUGACAGAUGACCCACAGCUACAAGUUCUGCUUUUCAUCUUUCUAUUUCUCACCUACAUGUUGAGUGUAACAGGGAACCUGACUAUUAUCACCCUCACCUUGGUGGACCACCACCUAAAAACUCCUAUGUACUUUUUCCUCAGAAAUUUUUCCUUCUUAGAAGUUUCGUUUACCACAGUCUGUAUUCCUAGAUUCCUGUAUAGUAUAUCAACUGGGGACAACAGCAUUACCUACAAUGCUUGUGCAAGUCAAAUAUUCUUUGUUAUUUUCUUUGGAGCAACAGAAUUUUUCCUCUUGGCAGCCAUGUCCUAUGACCGCUAUGUGGCCAUCUGCAAACCCCUUCAUUAUAUGAUCAUCAUGAACAACAGGGUGUGCACCUUAUUAGUCCUCUGCUGUUGGGUGGCUGGGCUGAUGAUUAUUGUCCCACCACUUAGCUUAGGCCUCCAGCUUGAAUUCUGUGACUCCAAUGCCAUUGAUCAUUUUAGCUGCGAUGCAGGUCCCCUCCUAAAGAUCUCGUGCUCAGAUACAUGGGUAAUAGAACAGAUGGUUAUACUUGUGGCUGUAUUUGCACUCAUUAUCACUCUAGUCUGUGUGAUUCUGUCCUACUCAUACAUAAUCAGAACAAUUCUGAGAUUCCCCUCUGUUCAGCAAAGGAGAAAAGCCUUUUCCACCUGCUCAUCCCACAUGAUUGUUGUUUCCAUUGCCUACGGAAGCUGCAUCUUCAUCUAUGUCAAGCCCUCAGCAAAGGACGAGGUGGCCAUAAACAAAGGAGUGUCUGUGCUCACUACUUCUGUGGCACCUUUGUUGAAUCCCUUCAUCUACACCUUGAGAAACAAACAAGUGAAACAAGCCUUCAAUGACUCUAUAAAGAUGAUUGCAUUUCUCUCAAAGAAGUAG